AUGGAUGAUUACUUUUAUUGGACCAACCACGGUGAACAAAGGCCUACCUUUCCACCAGUAGUUUUUGACAACUCCUACUAUGAAAGUAUUGAGGCUCGACAUAACUUUAAUGACUAUGAGCAAAUGAUAAUGGAUGCUGCUGGAAUGUCUAUUGGCACACAUCUAGAGCAACAAAGAUUUCACUAUGAAGAACAAAUGAUAGAAGAUCCUAACCCAAGAAUAAUUUUUUUUGAGAUGUUGUCAAGUGCACAGGCUCCAUUGUACAAUGGUUACCAAAAUUACUCUGAAUUGUCUGCUACAAUAGAAUCUUUAAGUAUCAAGUCAGACUACAAUAUCUCUGAGGCUUGCUUUAAUCGAUGGGUUGAUUUUAUUAGGAAGGCGUUGCCAAAUGAAAACAGAAUGCCAAAAAACUUCUAUAAUGCAAAGAAAUCUGUUGAAAAACUUGGAUUAGGUUGUAUAAAGAUUCAUUGUUGUCCAAACGGGUGCAUGAUUUAUUAUCAUCCACAUGAUAAACAUCUUCGCAAGUGUAAAAUUUUUGGUGAAGAUCGCUACAAACAUGUUAUUAGAAAUGGUAAGUCUAAAGAAAUUCCAUUGAAAAAGAUAUGGUAUUUUCCAUUUAUCCCAAGACUUCAAAGACUAUAUUCCUCAAUGCAAACUGCAAGUCAAAUGAGAUGGCAUCAUGAGAAUGUGAGGGAACCUGGUUAUUUAUCUCAUUCAUCCGAUGGAGAAGCUUGGAAGCAUUUUGAUGAAAGUUACCCUGAAUUAACAAUGGACCCUCGCAAUGUGAAAAUAGGGUUAUGUGCUGAUGGGUUUGCACCAUUUGAUAAAACAGGCAAAAAUUAUUCAUGUUGGCCUGUAAUCGUAACACCUUACAAUCUUCCACCUUGGAUGUGCAUGAGAAGGGAGUUCUUAUUCUUAACCAUUAUAAUUCCUGGACCUUCAAAUCCUAAAAAUAAGAUUGAUGUAUGCCUGCAGCCGCUCAUAGACGACCUUAAAGUUUUGUGGAAUGACGGAGUCAUGACUUAUGAUGUCUCAUUACAACAAUUUUUUUUCAUGAAAGCUUGUUUGAUAUGGACAAUAAAUUACUUUCCAGCAUAUGGGAUGUUAUCAGGUUGGAUGACUAUGGGAAAACUUGCUUGUCCUAUUUGCAUGGAUAGCUCAUAA